CCGCGUUCAAAUUUCGAUUAUCGAAGUGGUGCCACCGAACGGGUAGCCAAUCAAAAUCGAGGGAUCGCGCCCCGGCCCGCGAACGUCGUGAAUGCAGCUGCACGCUGCACUUCGCUACGCGGCGCCAGUGGCGCCAUUCGGUGUGCAUCGUUAUAGGCGGCAUAUACGAUAUAUAAACAAUAAUAAACAUCGAUUCGAUAUCGUGAACGUAAUAUAAUAAUUAAUAGAUAUAAUUGCAUCGGGUCCUCAAGGAAAACACGCGCUGCAUUUAUCGUCUGUAGGUACGGUGUCUAAUUUAUACGCGCUAUGGAAGAGGUUCUCCAGCAGCUGGGGAUCGGAAUUCGUCCUGUGAACGAUCCCUUCUUCGAGGAUACCUACAAGGUCUGCAAGGUCUUCCAGAGAAAGGGCGUCACGAUCGACGACGACGAGGAGCUCUGCCACGAAGCGAUCAAGGAAUUCCCGUGUUACGUCCCAGGAUGCAGGAACACUUUUCAAACGCUGCUCGAUUACGAAAUGCAUUACAAUAGCUCGCAUCGAUACGCUUGUACAGAGUGCAAGGUAUCCAGGCCGAAUCCACGGCUGUUGGAGAUUCAUAUUCAGGAGACGCACGAUGCCUUCUUCAAAGUCUUGUCGGAGAAGCAAGCCAUGUAUCAAUGUUAUGACUCCGAAUGUGACGUAAAAUUCAACAACCCUAUGGAAAGGAAGGAACAUUGUAUUAGAGUACAUAAAUUUCCAAAGAAAUAUCGAUUUGACGAUACACCGUGUUGCAGCAAGGAAGAUGAAUCAAAUAAAAUGGAUCUUGAUAUUGUUGGUAAUAAAGGAAAGAAAAAAUCUACUAAGGUAAUCCUGAAUAAAAAUCAGAAAAGCAGAAUGUUCACGAAAAAUACCACCGGUGCAGUCUGUAAAAAUAAUGAUAGCGUAGAAACAAUUUCGUCAUCUACUGUCAAAACUAAAACAACACCAUUAGCUUUUAUUCCUAGGCAAGUACAAAAAUCCUUUUCGAAUGUACUUACAAAUAAUCAAAGUAGGGAAAAGAAUGUUCUCGAAUCAGACACUAUGAUGGAACUUGCAGAUACAUUGCCUAAUUGACGCUAUACGAGAUCUAAUUUUUAAUUUUAUUGACGAAAUGUUCCGAAAAAUUUGUAUGUAACUAUCCUAAGAAUUUUUAUUUUAUGGGUAAAUUAGGGAAAUACUGCUUUAUAACAUAUUUAAAAUUAUAUUUGUAGGAUACAACAAAUUGUAGGAUAGAACAAAUUAUAUUUGUACAUAUAAAAUAUAGUAUCCGUACAUAUAUA